ACAAGACAAGAAGUCCUUUUUAUCUCCCGUGAUCUCUCUUCUAUCCUCCCGUGAACACAGUCAUGGGACAUCGCUUUCACUGUGCGUAGAGCAACAUUUUCGAACUGUCUCUCAAACACACACUUUGAUUUCCUUAUCGAGCAGGGAAUAUCUCUCUUCAUCAUAUGUUUCCGUAGCUAGUUAAUCACCAGAAAACGAGAGAGAGAGGCCGUUUUUAGUUUCCAAUAAUGGCUUUUGUUCAAUUGUUGUUGUAUUUUCUAGUUUCAGCUGCUUCUCUCAAGUGCUGCAUGGGGAAUGAUGAUGUAACUAUCCAACUCAAUGAUGAUGUUCUUGGCCUUAUCGUCUUCAAAUCAGAUCUCGUCGACCCAUCUUCCAUUCUCAGCUCUUGGAGCGAAGAUGAUGAUUCCCCAUGUUCAUGGAAGUUCAUAGAGUGCAACUCUGCUAAUGGGAGAGUUUCCCAUGUGUCCCUUGAUGGCUUAGGCUUAUCAGGAAAAUUACGCAAAGGUCUUCAGAAGUUGCAACAUUUGAAGGUAUUAUCUCUUUCGCAUAACAAUUUUAGUGGUGAGAUUAGCCCUGAUCUUCCUCUCAUUCCUAGUCUUGAAAGUCUCAAUCUUAGUCAUAACAGUCUUUCAGGACUCAUUCCAUCUUCAUUUGUCAAUAUGACCACUGUUAGAUUUCUCGAUCUUUCUGAGAAUUCUUUAUCAGGUCCACUCCCUGAUAAUCUCUUCCAAAACUGUUUAUCUCUUCGUUACAUUUCUCUUGCUGGGAAUUCACUUCAAGGUCCAUUACCCAGCACACUAGCAAGAUGCUCUUCUUUGAAUACUCUUAAUCUCUCUAGUAAUCAUUUUUCUGGAAACCCAGAUUUUUUUAGUGGGAUUUGGUCACUGAAACGUCUUCGAACUUUGGAUCUUUCGAACAAUGAGUUUUCAGGUUCUUUGCCAAUUGGUGUAUCUUCCCUUCACAAUUUGAAAGACCUCCAACUCCAGGGUAACCGUUUCUCAGGAACACUACCUGUCGAUACUGGACUAUGCACACAUUUGCUUAGAUUGGAUUUGAGCAACAAUCUCUUCACUGGAGCGCUUCCAGAUUCUCUUAAGUGGCUCGGCUCCUUGACCUUCAUCAGUUUAUCAAAUAAUAUGUUCACAGAUGAUUUCCCUCAGUGGAUCGGCAACAUCCGCAAUCUUGAGUACUUGGACUUCUCUAGCAACCUUCUUACAGGAAGUCUUCCUUCAUCCAUCAGUGAUCUGAAAUCUCUAUAUUUUAUCAAUUUGUCUAAUAACAAAUUCACUGGUCAAAUUCCUACCUCAAUGGUCCAGUUUAGCAAGUUAUCCGUGAUUCGUUUAAGAGGUAACAGCUUCAUCGGUACAAUACCAGAGGGUUUGUUUAAUCUUGGGCUAGAGGAAGUAGACUUUUCAGACAACAAACUGAUAGGUUCAAUCCCAGCUGGUUCAAGUAAAUUCUAUGGAUCUCUUCAGAUACUUGACCUUUCAAGAAACAAUCUCACUGGAAACAUUAGAGCUGAAAUGGGUCUUUCAUCCAAUUUGAGAUACUUGAACUUGUCAUGGAACAAUCUUCAAUCAAGAAUGCCCCAAGAGCUUGGCUACUUCCAGAACUUAACAGUCCUGGAUCUUCGAAAUAGUGCUAUAUCUGGUUCAAUCCCUGCAGAUAUAUGCGAAUCUGGAAGCUUGAGUAUUCUUCAAUUGGAUGGAAACUCAAUAGUUGGCUCAAUUCCUGAAGAGAUUGGAAAUUGUUCCACUAUGUACUUGCUGAGCUUGUCUCACAAUAAUUUAAGCGGUCCAAUACCUAAGUCCAUUGCAAAGUUAAACAACCUCAAGAUUCUUAAGUUGGAAUUUAAUAAACUUAGUGGAGAGAUACCACUGGAGCUUGGGAAAUUGGAAAAUCUGCUUGCUGUGAACAUAUCGUAUAACAUGCUCAUAGGUAGGCUUCCUUCUGGGGGUAUAUUUCCAAGCUUGGAUCAAAGUGCUUUGCAGGGAAAUUUGGGGAUUUGCUCGCCAUUGCUCAAGGGACCAUGUAAAAUGAAUGUUCCAAAGCCUCUUGUCCUUGAUCCAUUCGCCUAUGGCAACCAAAUGGAGGGUCAUCGGCCAAGAAAUGAAUCUCCUGACUCCACAAGGUCCCAUAACCAUAUGCUGCUUAGUGUUUCUUCUAUCAUUGCAAUUUCAGCAGCUGUAUUCAUUGUGUUUGGAGUGAUAAUCAUAAGCCUUCUGAAUAUAUCGGCUCGGAAGAGGCUCGCUUUUGUGGAUCAUGCCCUGGAAAGCUUGUUCUCCAGCUCUUCAAGGUCAGGAAACCCAGCAGCAGCAGGAAAGCUUGUUCUGUUCGACUCAAAAUCAUCCCCUGAUGAGAUCAACAAUCCAGAAUCACUCCUUAAUAAAGCUGCUGAGAUAGGAGAAGGAGUAUUUGGAACAGUUUACAAGGUCUCGUUGGGUGGUUCACAUGGAAGAAUGGUAGCAAUCAAAAAGCUUGUUUCAUCUAAUAUUAUCCAAUAUCCGGAAGACUUUGAACGAGAAGUUCAGAUAUUAGGAAAAGCACGGCAUCCAAAUCUUAUAUCACUGACAGGGUAUUAUUGGACACCCCAAUUGCAGCUAUUGGUAUCAGAAUUUGCACCCAGUGGCAGCUUACAAGCCAAACUACAUGGGAGGCCACCUUCUACUCCACCUCUUUCUUGGGCCAACAGAUUCAAAAUUGUGCUUGGAACAGCGAAGGGGCUUGCGCAUUUGCAUCAUUCCUUCCGGCCACCAAUCAUUCACUACAAUAUAAAACCAAGCAACAUUCUCCUCGAUGAGAAUAACAAUCCAAAGAUUUCAGAUUUUGGACUGUCAAGGCUCUUGACAAAGCUUGAUAAGCAUGUGAUAAAUAAUAGAUUCCAAAGCGCAUUGGGUUACGUGGCACCAGAACUAGCAUGCCAGAGCUUGAGAGUGAAUGAGAAAUGUGAUGUAUACGGUUUCGGAAUUUUGAUUCUUGAACUUGUAACGGGUCGAAGGCCAAUAGAAUAUGGUGAGGACAAUGUGGUGAUACUAAAUGAUCAUGUAAGGGUUUUGCUUGAACAAGGGAAUGCCUUGGAUUGUGUUGAUCCUAGCAUGGGAGAUUACCCCGAGGAUGAGGUUUUGCCAGUGCUCAAAUUAGCCCUGGUGUGCACCUCUCAGAUUCCAUCCAGCAGGCCUUCCAUGGGAGAAGUGGUGCAAAUAUUGCAGGUAAUCAAGACCCCAGUUCCACAGAGAAUGGAAAUCUUCUAGUUAAUACAAUUAAAACAUCCUGUGUCAGUUUAAUCUUGCUUGAUGAGAAUUGUAUUGCAUGGCUUUUUGUAUGUUCAUUCUGUGUAACUAUAAGCAAUUUUUUGUCUUCAUCUAAAUUUGGUCUGGCAUUUAAACUAA